AUGUUAGAUAUGGUCCUGUACCUAUUUCAUCACAUAAUCGCUAAAUUUCUGUACAAUAUUUUCAUAAACAAUAUCAGAACUAAAACCCCGUUCACCUUGUCCUUGAAGGCCAACCUCGUGCCCUGUCUGCUUCUGCUGGCCACCUGUUGCCAGGCCGGCUACGUGGCCCCACACGUCUACCACGCCGCCGCCGUCCACGUCCCCGUGGCCACCACGGUGGUGCGUCAGCCGGUGGUGGAGCACCACAGCGAGGUGGCCUACGUGCCACCCCACGCUCAUGGGUACACCAUCAGCCAGCAGAAACUCGUUCACCCCAAGACCACGGUUACCAAGCAUGAUCCCAUCUUUGGCACCUACCACCAGGCCGAGGUGCACCACGUUCCAGUGGUGACCGGCUCUCACAGUUCUGUGCACCAGAGCCGAGGUGGACAUUUCGUGCACCGCCCAGUCGGCACCGUCGUGUACUAA